AUGACACAGAGCAAGAGAGUGCAGGGGAAAGUAGCGAGAGAAGAAGAGGAGGAAGAAGAGGAGCAGAAGCGAGGGAGAGGAAAAAGCCAGAGAGAAGGUCAAGUACCUGCCACUCCUGUCAAACACUUGGUGGAACAGCUGAGCUGUGUCCAGCAGGGUGGCUGCCUGCUUUCAGGCCUUUCAUCUGGCAGAG